AUGGCUUUCGAGUUCACUGGAACUGAGUGCAGUUCGGCAUUUUGUGCUUUUGUCAAUGUUUCUGGAGCCACAAUCGAAUGCAGUUACGAAGAUGCAGCAGGAAAGCCGAUGAUCUCUCUCGAUUCUUUAUAAAAGCACCAGAAUUUCAGCCACCUGCGCUGUAAUUCCACUCGACGAGGUGGAACUAGUGUGUGGAGGUGCAACUGGAAUGCAGGCUUCCACAGGGAUUACUGUUGUGAAUCCUGUUCGGAAAGCCCCGAUCUGGCUGUUUCAUGACCACAAUGAUUUUUGAAUUGCACUUCCAACGCAUUUUAGAGUUCUGUGUGUGUAUGUGUGAGUGAGCGAGUGAGUGAGACCUGGGUGGGAAUCCUGCGCUGCAAAUUGGCAAGGUUCGGUAGCUUGUAGAGAACGUAUCAGUCUUGAAGGGUCACUAUCGUCUCGUUGUAGUAACUGUAACUACGUUUAUUGUGUUUUUUUUUGGUGGUCUUGAUCUCUGUGCUGAUAUCCUCGGGUAUCGAGACUUUAUUCCAAGUUGUGUGUUCGUCGCGGCUGCUGGAAUUGGGUGGGUUUCGAGGUGGGCGUAGUGAAGUUCGGCAGCUGGGUUAGGAUUUCGACGGCAAUUCCGAGAGCGGCGAGUGUAGGGAUGUAGGUGAUUGAUUCUUGGGUUGUCCGAAUUGCGGCCACUUUGUUUGCUGGUUUUCGUUUGUUUUUUUAGAAGUGUUAAGCUGGCUGGUUGUCUUUGUUGUUGAGUGUGCUUUGAGGCGCAGUUUCUAGAGCGGUUGCUGGAUUGUUAUGACCGGUUUGGGUUAGGGUCGAUGAACAGAACUUCGAUGUCUCAAUUAAGAAGUUCUCCUUCUUCCAAUCACUGUACCUUAAAAUUCGUUUGGGUUGAGUUAUGUCGAAUUGCUCAAUUUUAUGACCACACACAGAGUUCUGGGGCUUCAGUCUCGAGUUUCGACCUUGCUGGUUCUGAUUUUAGUAAAUUUUUUCCAACAAUUUCGUUCUUGCAGAAUACGCAUGGUUUUUAUUUUCUUUGCUAACCUGCCAAACUUCCUUCGAAUUCUCUACAUACCAACCUCAUCCAGUGACUAUGUUUCUGUAGUUAAUCGAGUGAGGGUGUCAGUUUGUAACUUCGGUGUAUAAUCUCUUGUCAUUGACGUUUGUGAACUGCCUGGCAUCCCGAGAAAACUAUGUUGUUUGUUGAUUGCUUGGUGUCUCAACUACCUUCAUCCAUUUUCCUUCUCAAGGACAAUUUUUAUAAUAUCCGCUUCUUUAUUUUCGGAAUUCUGUUGUUCCUAUUAGAGCCUUUUUGCAUGAUUUGUGCUCCACUAUUUUCCAAUUCCGGCAUAAUAAAAUACAUUUAGAACUAUUAGGGCACUCUGUUUUGUAGGGCUACAUCCCCUCUCUGGGUUUGACGAAACAAUUUUUGAUGUCAAAUUUAACACCCGUGGACAAGUGAGGAGCAAUUUGCUUCGCUAUGAUCGAAUUCUCUGAAACAUGAUUGUUAUGGUAAGAUUAUUGCAAGAAGCGUGUGCCUAUUAUACGCCAAGUAUAUCCUACGUGAGAAGCCGUUGAAGGUUUAUAUGCUCGCGAUUUUUACAGAGGACAUGCUUUGAUGAAGAAAGAUAUGGACGAAGAAGAUCUUAUCUCACGGAAUGCCUCCGGGAGCACUAACGAUCGCCACCAUUGUUUCUUGUGGUAUAAAACUCUGUGAUGUCCGAUAAAAGAGAACAAACUGGGUUGGACGUGGUUUACGGAUUGCUGUUGGAUGCUUGGGGCGAUAAUGAAGACCUUGGACAUAGUACCUUUGAGUUUGAAUUGGCACUACGAGUGAAGAAAUGGGGUGAUUUUCCCUAUGGUAGUGUUUGAAUGAUGGGGGCAAUGGGGAGCUUUGACGUGCUACCUGAUUCCAUAGCCUGUUUAAUAUUGUCGAAACUUGAAAGUGCGCAAAUGGUUGCUCAAUGUGCCAUGGUGUGCCAUCGUUGGAAGACGCUAGCCAGGCUAGUAGACACCCUCACUUUCGAGUCAUUCAAACUCUUGGAGAAGAAGUUGGAUAAGAACAGGAAUGCUUCAUGCCUGGAAACAAUUGUAACUCAAAUGUUAUUGAAGACCCAUGGCAUUCGAAUUCUUAAGAUCUCGUAUCACCCAGUUGUGUGGCCUUGGAUACCCAACGACUACUUCUCAGAAGACAGGGUUUGUCAGUGGCUGCAGCAUGUGAAUACUACCUUGGAGCGACUAACACUUGUUGAUCCAAACCGUGCAAGGCCACAGCCUAAGAAGUUACUCCAUCUCACAGAUUGUAAAAAGUUGCAGUGGUUGAACCUGUGUUACGGUUUCAUUCCUGUGUUGCCUGCCUCGCCUGGACGGUUCGAACAGUUGGUAACCCUUCAUCUUGAUCUGAUUUUAAUUUACGAUAGUGCGCUUCAGACACUUGUGGAGCUUGCACCAAUCCUCGAAGAUUUAAAACUGAACUCCUGCAAGGGUCUGCGAACCCCUCACUUCACAGCUUUAAAGCUCACCUCUCUGGAGUUUGCAAAUGACAUGGAUGUGGCUACAACACCAAUUACUAUGGUCACCGUGAAUGCACCAAGCCUGGUUUCCGUGUCUCUGAGCCAUGUGGAGGAGCUCGUGAUGAACGGCUUCACGUUACAGAACCUUGCUCUGCUUUGGCAUGUCCGACCUAACAUAAGAGAGCUGCCAGUGUUAGAGAGUCUGCACAUUAGCGGCGAGUCCUGGGCGUUGGAUUGUGUGACUCAUUUGAUUCGACUGGGGACAAAUUUGCGCUCCCUCCGCAUUGAUGCGUUUUUCGAGCGCAAGUACCCUAUCCAGCUGCAAUCACUACUCCGUCACUUGCAGGAGCUAGUAUCUAUCCAUAUAGGCGCCGACUUUUUUGAGUGUCUACAAACAGCAGGAGGCGCGGGGGCAGCUUUUAUGCGGAUGCAUGCAAUGGUUCUCCCUAGGCUAGAAAAUAUCAUGGUUGUUAUCAGCUGCGGGAACAACAAUUGCAUCUCUGUCCUGGUCUCUCUCCUGAAAUGUGCACCAGCACUACGGAUUCUCAGAAUCGAUGCCGAAAAUCUAAGGAAGAGCAUGGACAACGUAAUGUUCUUCAGUAACCUGUUGGGACUACAGAGGGACUACCCUCAGGUCAAGGUUUCACUCGCAUGUCCUCAGACCCUGCUCUAAAUACUGUAAAACUAUGUAAUUAACACUUUACCUUAUCACCUGAGUAGGUCAGUGUUGUACCUCUCAGAAGCUUUUUUGUAGCAUAGUGCUCAAAUAUAGUUAAUACGCACACUCCUUGUCCUAAAAAAUUGUGAUAUUGUAAAAUUUUAGGCUGUCUGAAGGUUGUCUGAUCCCCUGUAACCAUGUAAUAUAUCUGAGAUGUCCCUGUAAAGCUGUCUACUCGAGCCAAGUCGUGAUGUUGAACCCUAUUGCACAGUAGCAAUAUGGUUUGUAACGUUUGUAACGGCUAAUUUAACUAGGGUAUUUGGGAACACUAUAUUAUAAUCAGUGCCUCA